AUGCCCGUCCCUCCCUAUCACAAGCCGCACUACUGGGAAGCUGCCUAUCAAUCAUUUGGUCCGGAAGAUUCAGUUGAGUGGGGAAGUAUCUCUUUGGCAGAUCUAUCAAAAUACGAGUAUCAAAUAUUGGAGUGGGAUUCUUCCCGCCCGCAAACAAACGCAACUAUCAGUACGACUUUGGGAAAGACACUUUCGGUGGAACCGAACGGGGAAGAAGAGCCUAUCCUCAUGCUUGGCUGCGGUAACAGCAAGUUAGGCGAAGAUAUGAUCCAAGAAGGUUGGACAGGACCCAUUAUCCAAGUUGACGUUUCUAGCAGGGUCAUCGAAUCCAUGUCACAGCGUUGUGCAUCCUUGAUCACCAAUGGGCAUAUGAACUUCAUUGAGGAUGAUGCCACGGAACUAUCUGCUUUUCGGAGUGGCAUGAUGAAUUGCUGUCUUGAUAAAGGUCUAAUGGACGCAAUUUAUUGCGCGGAUGAGCUUGAUCAAUGUCGGAGCAUUCUAUCCAAUGUGAACCGCGUGCUCAAGCAUGGUGGCAUCUUUGCCUUCCUAUCGUAUUCCAGGCCGGAGUUUUUGCUUCCAGCCAUCGCACCAAACGAUGGAAGUAAACCAAAGUGGGAAUCGAUCCAGGUGCAAGGCCUAGAGAGUAUCAUACUCUAUCGAUUCAAAAAAGUUGCGAAGUCGGAAAGAUCCAAAAUUUCUACAAAGGAAAAACGCCGUUGA